ACAUGCUUCCAGCACCUCAGGCUUCACUCUUCAGGUCAAAAUUCUGCAAACAAGUUUGGGCUCCGAUGUUAUCUAGGAACUCACAAACAUCCGUGCGUAAAGCAGUUGUAAGUUAACCAAGAUUUCGAAUCAGCUGUAAAAUUGCAACCACAUUUGUCAUUUUUGUGACCUGAAUUGACUCGCAACCACAGACCAUUAGUCCGUUUCGAUAUCCUUUUGGGAAGAUGCAUCCUUGGACGUUUCAGCUCUCUUUGUGUCCGAAAUUGGUAUCAUAUCCAGCCAGAAGUGUAUUUCGAAUAACGCUUUUGCAAUUGAUUUGCUAAACAGUAACGUUGUCGUAUUCGUCAGUAGUGUUUUCCUCUCAUUCAAACAGCUCAGAGAGUAUUAGGAUACUCUGCUGGUUUUUCCGUAUCAGAUCUAUCUUUAGCUGGUGUGUAAGAUGAAGCUAAUCGAGAACACCAAGUUCGAGACAAUAACGAGUGAUCUCGCUGCUCUGGAGAAUGAAUAUCGUCUGGAAUCUCGUUUGGAGAUUUACUCAUGCAAAUCUGGGACGACCACGGAACGCAAAGCGUUCAAAUCGUUCGUGGCUGCUGCAUCACCAUCAGCGCCUGAUAAGGACAAAGAAUGGCUGAGCCCUCCAGACUGCGUGUUCAAUAGUGGAACGAGCCCUGUUAGCAACGGCAGCUUAUCGGAUACUGGAGGCACAUCCGCACCCAGUGGUGGUAUCCUGUGUGAUACGAUACCGAAGAAAACGUUCUGGUAUCUGAUGGCAACUUUGAACGCGUCAUACGGGAUUGAUGCUGACUUUUCCGAUGUGAAAAGUCAAAUGUUCAGCCGUGAGCCUAGUGUCCAGUGGGUGAUGGAUCGCAUCAAUAUGAAUUUUACUUUGGUUCUCGGAGGCGAUUUUGACAGGAUCCGCCCUUACAUCUGGAAGGCUGUUGACGAAGCCGUUGUAUUACGCGAUUGCACUGUGUAUAGCUUCUCGCCGGACAUCAGCUAUGAUCCAUACGCACAAGAACAUAAUCUCUGGAAAUUCUGGUACUUCUUCCAUAAUCCGGGUCUGAAACGUGUAUGCUUUUUCCAAUGUCGUGCAGUGAAAAAUGGAAUGGGCUCAACGAUGGAGCCAGAAAUGGAAGGAUAUUUCAAUUCCGAAGAUAACGAAACAGCCCGUUUCCAAGCUCCUGUCAGUACUUAUUGAUGAUAAACUGCGCACGACAUUUGGAAUUGUAUUAUUUAGUAGGAGUAAAUCCUUCACAGUGUCACCUAAGUGUUGGAAUCCUGGAUAACUAGACUUUGGUUUGUUGAAGCACUUAUCUGCGUAAAAACGGAAAUUGUCGUAUAAUUCUGCCUUAGUGGAGAAAUAUAUUUACUGUGCAAGCAUUAUGUUACGUAUUAUCACCGAUCUCUGUGUUCCUGUCAACUGAAUUACGAUUACAUUGCUUCCUUAUGACGUGUAUUUUAAGAUUCAGUUUUCAUUGAGUAUCUCGUAUUCAUAAUUUUAGGCUUGUUGUGUUUCUGUAGCUUAAGGAUUAGUAUAAAUGACAAUA